AUGAUAUCUGACGAAUUUAACGACAAUCUCAAAACAACACACGAUGUCCUUAGGACGGUAUCUGUGAGUACACCAGGGCUAUAUCUCCCUGAUGAGAACAUUAACUCAGAAAACGUCGAUGAAGUGACCAAGGUUGUCAUCUGCUCGGCUCUGAGCGAGGUGCCUAUUAUUGGCUCAUUGCUCUCGGGCUUGCUGGAUGCCUUCUGGCCAGGCGGCUCAGAUAUUUGGGACAGCAUCAAGGGCAAAGUGGAAGCUCUUGUGGACGAAAAGAUCCAACAGCAUGAUGCCACUAUGAUGAGGCAGAAACUUCACGGUAUCUACCUCGUACUGAAGAACUGGACGGACCAGCCGCCACUUAGCCAGGCCAAGAACUUUCACUCAACCCUCACCUUUCUAUGCCUCGAGGCGCCUUCAUUUAUCGAGAACGAAUCACCUUGGUACUGCCUUCCCUUUAUUAUCCCAUUCGGUACGCUGUACAUCUCUGCGCUUUGGAUUCGCUGCAAAUACUGCAUGGAGAUAGACGGCACAGAUUCGUCAAAGGCCAAAUACGAAAAGAACCUUGCAAAGGCAAUCAGUGAUUUUAAAGCUGCAGUCACCAACGCAAGAACUCAAUGCGUCGAGAAGAGGAAGAAGGAAAUCACCCAUGAAGAAUGGAAAUAUAUGAAUGGGUCUACAUACCAUGAGGUGGAAGACAAGCCCAAACUGUACGAGCAACUCAACUAUGAUAUCAAUACCCAGUACGGAGUGGAACUUGACAAAAUCCUUGCACCUACUCGUCUCUGGGAGCGAUACAACCCGGGUUAUAUAGGCCACGUCCAGUACUACCAGCACCUGGAGUAUCCUCGAUGGCUUUGGAGUGGUAUCAGGCCGGAAACCACGCGCUUCGAUGCGAGUUCGUUCUUUAAAGAUGGGCGGAAGCUCAGCCGGAUUGUUUGUUAUCACACUGAGAGUGGUGGAACUAGGAAAGUUGUUGGCUUGCAGUUGCACUACGGUGAUGAUCACCUUGAUACCGGGGGAAAACAGGGUACUUGUGUUUCCAUGGGUAUUGGCCGCGAUGAAGAGGUCGUCAAUGUACACGCCACGGUUUCGAAGACGAACAAUAUUCUGCAAACUAUACAGUUUACGAAGGCACGGCAAACUUUCGAUAACAAAGGGCAUGCAAAAUUCGACAAUUAUUCGAGUAUCGGAAACGUCAAACAAAUAGUUAUGCCUGUAGGGAUGGGGUUUCUGGAUUCACUUGCGUUUCUUGCUGCCCAGGCUAACACUGAUGCGCUUGACUUUGUCCAUGAUAGUGCAACCACAGAGCCACAUCCUACAAGCAUGGUUGGGGCAUCUGGAUGGUCUCAUGAUCACGAAACUGAAGGUUUCAUUGGUUUAUUUCAGCCUGUCUUUGGUUGUUGGGAAACCGUGGCGCGGGAUGGAACGUCUACUUGGUCACUGAGUGAUCCUCGUCUGUAA